AUGCCCCCCUCGCUCUCCGCCCCCAUGGCCAGGUGUAUCCCCCGCUCAGCACGCUGUGUCUCCUCAAACACCCCCGGGGGCGACGCAGACCCAGCCAUCCUCCUCCGCCAAGUCAUGCGCAAUGUCGCCCAGCCGGUAGCUGUGGCAGUCGCUUCUGUCCCUCCUUCCUCGCCACUUGCCGGCGUAGCAGCGUACCACGGAACCACCCUCACGUCCUUCACCUCCCUCACCCUCCACCCUCGACCACUCGUCGCCUUCUCGUUGAGAUUGCCAUCCCGUAUGGCGGAUUGCCUGCGUCCAUGGAGGACAGGAGGCGGUAGAGACCCAGGGCUGCCGGAAUAUGAGAAAGCGGGGUCAGUGGGAGCUGCAAGUGGCGAUAGUGGUCUCCGGUUACCGCCCAAAAGCGAUCUACCAUGGCCUCUAUCCAAACUGCCAAUGCCAGAAGAUCCUCCCAUAUGGGCUCAGUCUCUCUGCUCCCAGAUCCCUAAUCCAACUUCGCCUCCAUCAAAUCCGUCUUCGCUACCGCCAUCGUCCAAGAUGGUGGGGUCUGCAAAACCCGUACCCCCGACACCCCUCACCAUCUCUCUCCUCUCGACCUCCAACUCUGCCAUCGCCGACGCCCUCGCACAACCACGAACAGACCACUCCUCUAUCUUUUCUCUCCCAGAUACCUGGGUAUCUCCCUCUUCCUCUUCCCCUGCGCACCCACCAUCGUUGAAAGGGUGUGUCGGUAGUUUGCAGUGCCAGGUGGUAGGGAGUGUGAUGUUGAGAGACCUCUGCGAACCCGGGGAGGUGGAUGGGGCGGGCAGUGAAAUGUUCAUCUGUAGGGUUGUGGGGGUGGAGAUGGACAGCGAGGUGGACGAGGACAGCUUGCUGCCUCUGUUACAUUGGCGGAGAAAGUAUGCUGGAGUAGAAGAGCUUGAAUGA